AUGCAUUACAAGUCACAUCCACCUUUCAAAACAAAACACUGGCGGCGGCUCUACGAAUCCCGCAUCUUGGACAUAACAGCCCUCAAGGAAUCCGCGAAUGGCGCUGCCUUUGUCAUUGUUGAUGCUGAGCCAUGGGGCAAAGACAAUUCAGAGCCGGCCGAGAUUGGCCUUUCUCUUCUCUCACCUGCCCAUCUGCAUCUUGGUUGCAAAACUAUGGACAAAUUUCCCAAGACAUUAGAUGCGGCCAGUAACUUUAUGGGAUUGGAAACACACUGGAUACGCUUGAUCGAUAGAGAAAGGCGAGAGAGAGGUCGUGAACAACAUCGAUACGGGACACAACACUGUGUCUCAAGCGACACGGUAGAGGAGACUAUUACAGGCAUCAUAGAGUCAUUUCGGGACAAGACGUCGGGCGACGCGCCUCUGAUUCUAACGGGAUUUGCAAUCGUUUUCGAGUUACAGGUGCUAUCAAGCAUCUACCCGAACCUGUUAAACUAUUUCACAUCCUGGGUUGAUCUCCAAGAAGUGGCAAGUGGUAUGACUGGUGGGAUUGUAACACCUGGCCUGCGUGAAACUUUGAUCGCUUGUGGUUUUGAAGGCUACAGGCACUCGCAGGAGUCUCGGACCGCCUCUCAACACAACGCUGCUACGGAUACUGUGCGGACAGCGAUGCUAUUAAUUCGGUUUUUGGGGCUCCCUAGUGGUGGAGAGAUGCUCGAGAUUAGCCAAUCGUCUCAAAAGACACAACAGUUUGCCAGACGACGCUCAAACGCCCCUGCCACCCCAGAACAAAAGAAUUAUUGGAAAGGCUCACGGCCCAGACCGAAAGAAUUCUAUCCAUUCAUCACAAGAGUAUAUCGUACCCCGGGAUUCGAAGAUUUCGACGGACGAAGCUUGUUCAAUCUCUUUUCAGAAUACGAACCAACUGCUGUCGGAAUGAGCAAUGGCAACCGAUACGGAUGGGUGUGUCUACCCAAUCUCAAAACUCUGGAGAAAUUUGUGCGUUCUGUACAUACGUGGGAAGCUAAAGACGGGAGCGUGUGGGAGGUUAUCUCGGAAUAUGAUUCUACUGUGAUACCUGCACAGAACUGGGAAGAGCUGAAGCUGCGUCAAAGAGAAGAGUCACAGGCGAAUGAUGAUGAGAAGCGAACGCAAAGACGGCUCAAAAACGAGAGUCAGAACGAUGGGAUAUGGUUGGUGAACUUUGAAGACACCGACUAA